AUGAAAUUACCAGGGACAGGUGAGGCAGCUUCAUUCCAAUUUAAUAUUUAUGGUCGUUAACAUGGACAGGAAAAAAAGAUAAUACCUGACUAAGUAUCAUAUUAAUUAGUUAUAGAGUGACUUCCUUUUAAAAUUACAUAGGAUUGCGAUUCAAAACGUGAGUUAGAAAGCAAAACAAAAAGUCAAAGAAUAACGGUGCUAUUACCCUGAUCUCUCCAAGAUCCACUUUUAAAACCUAGCCUAAUUCUAAUAUUUGCUUCAUUGAUGUAGAGGGUUUUGAUGCCCAUCGUUUAUUAAAAUUAAUAAUAUAAAAUAGACCUUCUCGUCUUUAUCAUUAUCGCUUUCACUGUUGUUAUCAUCAGUAUACACUUUUACGUUUAUUUAUUUAUUCAUUUAUUUUCUUCUAAUAGAGUGCCAACCAACCUGUUUCAAAAACUCCUCUUACAUAUUUUCGAAAAGCAAAAUUUACAGGUUUCCUAACAAUGAAGUCUGCUCCAUCUUGGGAGGUUAUUUAGUCUCCAUCGAGACUGAGGAAGAAUGGCAGUUUAUCAAUCAUGAGAUUCAAAAGCGUGGUACUUGGAAUACUUCGACUACUAAUGCGUGGCUCAUUGGUUUGGAGGAGAAAGAUGGGGUUUGGAUAUGGAAGAGUGGAGAACAGCUGAAUAUUUCGAAAUGGCGAGAUUCUGAGCCAAGUGUGAACGACGAAAGGGCGGAAAUAUCCAUGAAUGGAAGCCUCUUUAAUGGUAUCUCUCGGAAUGAUAAAGGAGAUGCCUACAUUUGCGAGAUGCCCGGAGGUAAGAUCACAUUUCAACCAUAAAGCAUAUAAUGUGCUGAAACAUUAGCAGUCUUGCACGUAUGUCAUGAAAAUUGCUCUUGCUUCUUAAAAGUAAAAAAAAGCAUUGUUCACAGAAUAUACUCAGCCCACCUAACUUGUACGUGUGAGCGAUGAAUGAACUUUUAGGCGCGCAUAAGUAGUUGAACACGCUGCCCGUGAAGUUUUCGGUGUAUGCUUGUUGUUUUGAACAUAACACAUCGAAGUACUUUUAUUCUUGUGUGUCCGGGUGUGUGUUUCUUGUACAAGUCAGUGAUCAAUAUGUUAUUCACCGGCUGGAAGGUCUGUAUUGGGUAACACUGUGCCCAAGGUCUUGAGCACCGGUAGUUCAGAUAAAUGGCACAGUUUUUCCCAAUACGGACCGACCUAGGCUGGUGAAUAACUGUUUUUUUUCCCUUGAAAUUAACGAAAUGUUUUCCUUAAGAGCCCUAAUGAGUUAGGGCUGUAAGUGCGGCAAGACCUUCCUUGAUCUGAACAAAUUUUGAGCGAGUAUAAAUGGUGGUUGAAACAGAUUGAGGUAAUGUAAAUUAAAAAGAGGCCUCACCGAAAUAUUUUUAUUUGGGUAACGAAAAAGAUAAUUUAAGAGGCCUCCAAACAAACUUUGAAACAUUUUUUAACAAGCAUCUGUCACAAUUUGACACCUAUCAAUUAGAGAGCGCGGAAGAAAAAAGCGCAUGCACCCUUUAAAACGAAUCAACAACCACAACGGCGCUGGUUUGGCAAAUAAACUGAACUGGAUAAUAAUUUUAAGUAAAUUUAAAUCUAUGUUUUGAAUUUGUGGGAGUUUUCUUGUGGAACUGGUAUUUCAUGAAAAGGGGAAUUUUAAAGUAGCUUUUUCUCGUUGAAUUCUUUUGUUUACUGUUGCAAAAUUUCCGGUACCAAUGUCCAGUUUGAACGGACUUGCAAAGACUUACCGAAAGCGUAUUUGAAGUAGAGAAGACCUCGCUCACUGUUCUCCGAGGAACAAAUUAUUUGAGAGAAUUCAGAUACAUAAUGAAUAAAAUUACCAUUAAUGAAUUCAAUUGCAAAGAAAUACCUCACGUUUUAGCUUUCUGGGUUACUUCUAGUAAGGUUUAGGUUAAUUACAAGCGGCUUUUAGGCCGCGCGUUAACUCAUCUAAUGACAUAUUUGCUACCAAUAUUCAUCCCAAAGCCAAUUCUUUUUACAGGCAAACAAAGUGAUCUAAGAGAUAGAAACAAAGAAUUAAUGUUAUCAAUCGGCUCGAUUUGCUCCACAACGAUUUGCUUAAAUACACUGUCCAGCCGGCAAAACGAAAUAAAUUUAUGAAAAAUGGCAACAAAGCUUGAGAUGUAAUCGGCGGCUCGCUCAAGCGAUACCGUGCCCGUGGGCAGAGAUAGGAAAACCCGCACCGAAUUACCAAUAAGAUUCCCGGAUCCGUUACCGUGCCCUCUGAGAAAAACAAAUAAUAAAUGCAGUUCUUUUGAGAAAGGUUAUCGGAAAAAGCGUGUCAGAAUUGUAAGCGAUAAUCUGAAAGGUAUUGCUGGUAGCUUUUAAGUCAUGGUUAGACUUGACCUCAGGAAUUCAGACAAAUCUAGGAAAUGUCACUUUAAGGAGGAGGCAUCACGGGUUUGAACAACCUUUUUUAAUUGCAAGACUGACUUUAAAUUCUAAACUGCUCUAACCCUAAUUAAUUUAUCUUUAAUUUUUAUGUCCCUAUUGAUUAUCGUUCCCCAGAUAAUCUUUUGAGAUUGUCGCGUGCACUUUAAAGUUUUGCUCUUUGCCCGUAACAACUGUAUACGGUUGAAUGCGUAUCUCCAGUUGCACAUUUAUGGGAACCUGCAUUCACAUUUAAUUUUUACGUUUUUUAAGUCUGAUUAGAUAGAGGAGGAAGAGUAGGGGGCGGAGUGGGAGAGGUGUCAGCUCAACGAGGAACUAAUUAAUAUUCAAAAGCUCGUCUACCAAAAUUACAUGAAUUCACAAAUAACCUUAUAAUCAUAAUCUUAGCUGAAGUGAAGUUAACUAAUCCACAAAAGCAGGCCAGGGUGGCGGACGCCGUAGUGAAGAAAGAUGUAUAGUAUUGAUUGACACUGAUCAAACAAAUGCAUAUGAUGUAAAAAAAGAAAAAAAGGAAUUAAUUGGGGAAUGAGUCACGUUUUCUGUCUCAUUCAUUUUUUCCUUUAUUGUGAUUGUGAUUAUAAUCUUUUCAUGUUAUCAAUGCUAUUAUAAUCAUCGCUUUGUGUAUCAUCAUUAGGAUAAUUGGUAUUUUUGUUUUCAUCUUCAUCAUCAUGUAGAAUGCCCAAAUAUAACUUUUAAAAACUCUUGGUACAUAAUUUCGGUGGAUGGAGAGUCCUGGUACUGGGGCAGACACACUUGCUCAAGUCUAGGAGGGGACCUAGUUUCCUUUGAAACCCAAGAAGAAUGGAGUUUAAUUAAUGACGAAAUUCAAAGGCGAAAUACUACGAACAAUGAAAAUAAAUGGAGAAUUGGUUUAAGAAAAAGGGCCAGGAAUUGGACCUGGGUGAGUGGAAGACGGCUGACUAUUUCCAAAUGGGGACAAGGGGAGCCAAGUGGUGAACACGACGCCGCUUUCAUGUACAAGAGGUUCCGUAAUGGUGAACGGGGCGUGUUUGGAAGCCAUAAUAAUGAAAGUUGGAAAAAACCGCACGCUUAUAUUUGUGAGAUCCCUAAG